AUGCCUGCAGCCGCCACUCCGCUUUCCAAUGCCACAGUGCCCUUAGAAAAGGCGUUGGGACGUUUGGGCAAGCUAGUUCCUGGAUGUACCAUGGCUUUGAAGACACCUCCAAUGUUUGAACCCACCGAAGUCCACCCUGUGGUGCCCUUGCUGGUAGCGCAGACUGACGAUCUGGACCGGCACCCUCAUCUCCUCUCAGAGGAAGAUAUCUUCCAUGUGUUGCUGUCAGGUGGGCCAGCACGUCUGGUUAGGCAUGUCUGCCAUGCCACCUCACCAUAUACUCAGGAUAAUCGUCGUGUUACAUUCUCCACCCCCGAACAGCCUGCGGGACAUGCUGGUAAGGUCGCGAAGCCUGUUGGAGAGGUGGCCUGUCUCAACAGAGAUGCAUACAACCUGGACCUUACACAUGCGAAGGUCAAGGAGAGUCUUGAUCAAUCAAAGUCUAUAUCCAAGCAGGACAAGGCGAAGGUUGAGCUUGUGAAAGAGAAGAUCAAAUGCAUAUACAUGGCUGGGUGA